AUGGGCAAACGCGAACGAUCAACUUUAUUACCAAAUAAUAUUCCGCAAUUACAAAACCUUAUAAAACGUGAUCCACUUUCAUAUAAAGAGGAUUUUUUGCAACAAUAUAGACAUUAUGAGUCUCAAUUAACCAUUCUUCAGCUCAAACCAGACGAAGAAGCAGAAGAAUUUGGAAAUUUGGUUACUUUUAUUUCACAGGUUGCACAAUGCUAUCCACAAGAAACCAAUACAUUUUCUCAACAGUUAAUAAACCUACUUUCUGAACAUUAUCAAAUUUUAAAUCCUAAUUUACGAAAAACCAUGGUUCAAAGUCUCAUACUACUUCGUAAUAAAGACAUAAUUCCAAGUAUCACGGUGUUGUCUUUAUUCUACACACUCUUCCGAGUUCGAGAUAAGCAACUUCGUGAUUUACUAUAUUCACAUAUUAUUUCUGAUAUAAAAAAUAAUAAUGCCAAGCAUAAAAAUAAUAAAUUAAAUAAAACUUUACAAAAUUUUAUGUACACAAUUUUACAAAGUACAACAGACAGUACAAAUGUAAUUGCAGCUAAAAAAAGUUUGGAUGCUUGUAUUGAUUUAUAUAAAAAAGGAAUAUGGAAUGAUUCAAAAACCGUUAAUAUUAUAUCUGAAGCGUGUUUUCAUUCAGUGACAAAAAUUAAGGUCACAGCGAUUCAAUUCUUUUUAGAAUCGGACAACGAAAAUCAGGAUGAAGAUAGCGAAGAUGAUUAUCAAGAUAUUCCCGAUAUUAAACGAUUACAACAUAUAAAUCUUGUUAAUAAAACGAAAAAAUCUAAAUUAAGGAAAUUAGAAAAGGCAAUAUCAAUUUAUAUUAAACCGCAUCAACGCGAUGUAACAAUGGUUCUUGUAGUAGUUGCACAGUCUUGUCACGAAUUGGUACCACCCGAUGUGUUGGAACCUAUUAUUAAAACCAUCGCAAAUAAUUUUGUAUCGGAUCAUUGUGCUAGUGAAGUUAUGACGGCGGGUUUGAAUGCGAUACGAGAGAUUUGUAUGCGGCAACCUUUAGCAAUAGAUUCCACUUUAUUGCAAGAUCUAGCAGAGUACAAAUCAGAUAGAGAUAAAGGAGUCAUGAUGGCAGCAAAAUCAUUAAUUGGAUUAUUUCGAGAAAUUAAUCCAGAAAUGUUGAAAAGAAAAGAUCGGGGUAAAAUUGCUAGCAUGAAUAUGAAAAAUUUCAAUCCAUUACAGUACGGUAAAAUACGUAUGACUGAACAAAUUGAAGGUAUAGAAUUAUUAGAAGAGUAUAAGAAGCAACAAAUGCAAGAAGGAGUUGUGGGAGAUGAAGAUGAAUGGGCGGAGUGGGAAGUUGCAUCAAAUGCUUCAUCAAAUGAUGAUUGGAUUGAUGUUUCAGACGAAUAUGAUGAAAAUGAAGAUAAUAUAGAUGAUGAAAAUGAAGAUAAUGGGGGUAAUGAAAAUGAAGAUAAUGGAGAUAAUGAAAAUGAAGAUAAUGGGGAUAAUGAAAAUGAAAAUGAUAGAGAUGAUGAAAAUGAAAAUGAAGAUAAUGAAGAUAACAAAGAAGAUGGCAAGGAAGAAACUAAAGAAGAUAGAGAAUGUGAUAAAGGAUGCGUAAAGGAGGUUACGGAAGAUAAAAAGAUUCCAAGUUUGGCGACUACUCAACUUUUAACGCCAGCAGAUUUUUUUAAACUGAACGAGCUCAAAAUGAAACAUAAAGUUUGUCAAUUGAUGGAUGGAGGUAAACGCAAAAGAGGUGACGAUAGAAUACAGAAUGAUGAACCUUCAGAUAUAGUUGAUAUCAAUUUUAUUACUGGACCACGAAAAAAAGCCAAACAAGAUUAUGAAGAACGUAUAGAAUCUAUAAAAACCGGGCGAGAAGGACGAGGAAAGUUCGGUGGACCCAAAAAAGGGAAAAAGGUUGAAGGUACCAGCACAACCAACAAAGAAAAGGCGAGACAUAAAGCUUUUAUGAUGGUAGUUCAUAAGAAAAAUGCGAUCAGUAAAAAAAGAUUGAGUUUAAGAGAUAAACAGGUAAUUUGUAAUAAAUUCAGAAAUGACAAUUGA